UAUUCUGGGAAUAAUAGCAACCCAAUCGAUCACAGAUCAUUUUCAUCAACAUGUACUUCAAACUAGGUUGUAUUGUCUGGAUUUCAAUUGUUUUAGCUAACAGUGCUUCCAAUCUAAAAAUCAUAGGAGGCGAACCGGCAGAUAUCAAAGACUAUCCAUACAUAGUGAGCUUGUAUUAUAAUCAUGACUAUUGGUGUGACGGGUCUAUUUUGGAUGAAUACACCAUUCUUACUGCAGCACAUUGUGUUAUUGAAUCGCAAACACCUGGGGAUUAUUUUAUCUUAUAUGGAAACACAAAUGUUAGCUCAGGUAAUAAAAUGCAGAUCACCAGAUUGAUACAUCAUGCAGACUUCAUCAUCGAACCACCCUAUACAUACGACAUAGCAAUAAUCAAGCUCACCGAACCAAUUUCAUUCGGAGAGACUGCUCAGCCCGUGAAGCUACCCAAACCACACGAAAGCACACCAGCCAACAAAACAGCUUCAUUAGCAGGUUGGGGCGAAAACGAUGCAUUUACUACUCCAGAAAAUCUGCAUGCGGUGAAUCUCACCAUUUUCAGUGAUGAAGAGUGCGUGGACAGUUACCAUGAUAUCGAAGAAGGUGGAGUUAAUCCUGAGACUGAACUAUGUGCUGGAGUUCCAGAAGGUGGAAAGGGGUCGUGCCAUGUUAGUAUAAAAUGAAAAUACUAUCAAAAAUA